GGGCGCUCGCGGCCGCCGGAGGCGAUGGCUGGCGGGCGCUGCUGCCGAACGCCUCCGUGGAGGCCGCCUCGGCCAGCACGCAGGCCGCGGCGGCCGCGGCGGCCGCCUCUCCGAACACGAGCGCCACCGCGCGCCGGCUCCGCGACGCGGGGCUCGCGAAGCUCUCGGCGUCGGAGCUCGGAGGAGGUACUUCGCCAGCGCGCUGGAGCUGCUGAUGGUGGGUAGCGGCGGGCUCGCGGAGCGGGACGUGGAGGUGCGCGGCCUCCUCGGCCACCAGGGCUUCGCGCUGGUCUGCGACGAGAAGUUCCGGGAGGGGGCCGCGUUGCUCGAGCACCACAUACGGAGCGAAGGCCUCACCGAGGGAACCGCGCACCUUCUGAACGCUCUCGGCUUCGCGCGGUUCCGCAUGGGAGACUACGAGCGGGCCGAGCUCGCCUUUGAGGCGGGCUCCCGGGCGGAGCCGCAGAACCCCAUCAUGUGGAACAACCUGGCGGCCGUCAAGAUGAUGCGUGGCAGGCUCGGGGAGGCGGACGGCGCCAUGUACCAGGCGCUUGACAGGACGCUACCUGGGCAGCGCGGGAAGGAGGCCCAGUGGGUCGUCGGAGACUACCACAGGUGGAUGUUUCAGUCGAACGCUGUGAACCUCGCGAGCCGCGCCUCCGGCGCCAAGGCGGGGAUGCCGCAGGUGGACCUCUGGUGGGCCGAGCGGCCCGCCGCCAAGAAGUGAGGGCAUGCCUCCCCUGGGGGUCCCGCGGCCGGGCCGCUCCCCAGGAGGAGGAGGAGGAGGGGGAGGGGGGCCAGGAUGAGGAAGGCUGCAGCGUGCCGCUGUCGCCACGAAUUCAGCCGCCGGCGGGUCCGACUCCGCACGCUGCCGGUGGCCGUCUGCGGGAAGCGCAGGGGCCUUCUCGCCCUUCUAGGAGACAAGCAGGAGCGACCAGCAUGACAACAUUCUCUUCCUCCUCAUCUUCUCCUCCUCCUCCUCGUCCUCCUCCUCCCCUCGCUCG